AGUGACAUAACUCGUCGGAUUCGCUGGUCGAACCCACCUCCGUCAAAGUAUUUCGACGCGUACUAGCCUGACAAAAAUCGUUCAAACGCGAAUCUCGUCUGCUCGAAUUCCGUUUUCACCCUAUAGACGUACCUGUUCCCCGUCGUACCACAACUCUUCGAAAAACUUUCCGGCAUUAUACAACAUGCGACUCAUCGUAUCAUUCCCUAUACUUCUUGCCACAUGUAUCCUUCUUGUUACCUAUCCCGUAAUGGUGUCCGCCUCGCCUCUAAUUAUUGGCAGGGCGGGUGCUCCAAAAGGUAUCUUGGCGGCAUUGAUUUCUCCUCCGAAACUUCCUCAAGCUGUCGGCAGAACUUCCUCGGCUAGCUUUUUGUAUGCCAUUAGUUCGAAGAAUGAACCCGCGACAGUAGGUCUGGUUUUUGGACACCAAGGAGUCCAAGGCGUCUCCCUGUUAACCAAACGCAAUGGCAAAGUUGCUCUUGAAAAGUUGAAUGUGGACUACCCUACACUAAAAAUACGGGGUAUUGAAAUCGACAUCUCCGCCGAAGCUCAGAACGAGGUCAAGGCAAAAACCGAGGCCUCAAAUAUCGACGGUGUUGAGUGGGUCUUGGAAGCACUGGAUAUCAUGAAAAAUCGGUACGAUAAGGGGUUAACUAAAUCACAAAAGAGUGAUUUGCUGGUUGAUAUGCAACGUUGGGCGAAAGAAGUAGAAAAGAAAGUGCAGUAGUGGGAGGUCAAGUUGAGAACGUUGGAUGGGGCUUGAUAUUUGUUGACACAAGGGAUAUAUACAUAGCCAUGGUUUAUCGAAUAGCACUGAUCUAUCCGACAACAGAUGUGAGCUCCCGAUCUGAACCCUAUAUCUCUCUUGAGUCUGGUACAA